AUGAACUUUCUACCUGGACCUAAACCGUUCAUCUGCUCCAGCUGUGCCCAAAGCCUGCGUUUCCAGAUAUCCCCGAGCACGCGACACGCCUUCCAUCUCCGCCUCCUGCACCAGCAGGGACCGAACCGAUUCGUACAUUCCGGCCGUCCAUGGGGGCGCAUACUCGGCAAGAAGGGAAAUGAGCGGCGAGAAGUCGCGACGCCGUUGAAGUCUCGAUUUCUCGGGAAGGAUUCGCCGGUGAUCAUCUUGCGACAUGCCGAAUCCGAGGCCGAACCACACGAUGCGGAUGCUGUGGAAGAAAGCGCUCUGAAAGAGGAGGAGGGCAACCCAAACUUGAAUGGAUUGGGAGUGGAGGAUUUUAUCGACAAAGCAAACCGGCCCCAUACCCCAGAGGAUGUGUUCAACGAGAUCGAUAAGUUACGGCCUCCAAACCCGGGUGACAAGGAGGACACGAUAUCAGUGACGAGGGAGGAGUUUGGGAGAUUGCAAUUUGUAUUGGGGAAUGGCUUCACAGGAGAUCAAUUACGCGCCUAUCUCGCACGGCAUAACGCGAAGGCACACCAGAAAGGUCUAGUACUUCAGGUCCAGUUGGAAAACGGACUAAAGUUUCGCUACUCACCGUGGACACCUGAGUUGAGGAAUCCGCAAGCUCCGAGCGCGGAAGAGGAUCCGAACCGAUCUAUCACGGCGAAAACCUUAUACGGCGAAACGAUUCUACGACAUGUUUGGGAUGUUGAAAUGGAGGACGAGAUAUUCGCCUCGGGUCAGGUUACGGUUUCGUUGCCGCAAUGGCAACUACAUCUCCUCAUGAGCGAUGCUUUCCAGGGAUUCUUCGAUGCCGUUCAGAGGAAUCGCGCGGUGCAUAUCAACGUUUCCACCGACACCCAACGGCUCCGAAAAGUCUCGAUUCGCAUAUCCGGAGACAAAGGCGCCACUCGAUAUGCUCUCGAAGAUGUCAGAGCAGCACUGGAAAGCAUUGUGCUGGCAAAAGUUGAUCUAUCCCCCUUCCAAAAAGGUCGUGGUUUGCUGUUCAAUACGGAUGCAACUUCGUUGCUGCAAGAUGCUUGUGGCAUGGUCAUCUCGCCGAUGAAUGCGGUUGCCCCGAAGCUCCCGCCAGAAAUGCUGGUAUUUGAAUCGAGAGAGAUAAAAUCAAUAACCUCUGAAGACACUCCCCCCCAAGAUUCAUCCAUGCUAUCUAUCGUGUCCACCAAAGCAGGUGUCGCCGAGGCCUUGAGGGGGUUUGCGUUUCUUGCUCAUCAUAUGUCAAGAGAAAAGUUUACUCAUCUACUGCCGAUUAAGUUUAAGAAAGGGGUUCCAGGCAACUACGUCGCUAUUCCACCACUUUCUGCUAAGCAAGUGUUUAUCCACGGUUUAGCAAGCGACUCCUCUCUUAGAAGGCUUGCCUCUCCCAUCCCCCAAACCUUCCAGGAUGAAUCGCACAAGGACGAAGGCAACCAAGAAAUUGAGGUGACCAAACAUCUAGAACCUGUUUUCGAUUGGUUUGCGAAGCAUGGCGAGCCGGUUCAGACGCAGAUCAAAACAGUUGAAAAAGUCCUGCGUAAAUCAUUGGCGUCAAGAAGGACAGGGGCCCCCAACGCCGCAAGCUCUCUUGAUAUUUCUAUCUGGAAUCCAGAACCCAUGCUGGAGAUAUUCUCACGACCCGGGCUGGUCGUCUUUAGUGGCAGCACGCGCGAAUCCUCCACCGCGGCCCGGCGAAGACAUUUCGUUCCUUGGAUCCCGGGCGCCACGCACUUCUUGGGCACGUUACCGGCUCCUACACCGUCGGAGAAAGUUCCAACCUCGAGUCGGACCGUGUUCCGGUUCGGACCAUCGCCGUGGCAAGUUCCAUUGGAGCUGCAAAAUCGGACUUUUGAUCUGUCCUUCCGCUCUCGACCGUACCAUGACGGAAGAAGUUUUCUCGGCGCCAGCGUGGUUCUUGACGAAGAACGGAUCGACAUGCGACUACCUCCGGCGGCAUGCGAUAUCGAAUGGACGAUACGCAAAAGACACAACAUGGGUUCAUUACCAUCUUCGGUGCAAGGCAUCGUCGGCGUAAUUGAACGUUCUAUUGCAGCGGGUAAAAACCCUACUACCUUGUCUUCCGAAGUUGCUACUACAUCUCUACCCGGACUGGUGCAAGCGAUUCAGAAAACACUUUCCCCAAAGCAAUCCAGUCUAAUCGACGGCAUACAAGAUAUCCAAUACGAGCUCUUCGACAUACGGACGGAGCACGAGACUCCCCUAACUUCCGCCGAUGGCCCCUUGCGCUUCCUCAGCACCGAAGGCGAUAAAUUCCGAGAUGUCGAGAACGAGCUACGAUUAAAUUUCGCACUGGAAGGCUCUGAAUCGGUGGAAUCCCAGCCCGAACCCCAUUCUUCGGCCAAGGAGGUGAAGGCGAAGGAAACCCCGUCUAUGGAAAAUGAACACAUUGCAAGAUUUAUGACGCACUCCUUGAGGCUAUGUAAGGAUCUCACUGCUGCAGUCAAGUCUGCAAUCCAGGAUAGACCUUCGAGUGGACCCAACUCCACUCGAAGAUAA